AUGGCGCCUGAAACAAUUACACCCUCUAUCACAAAGCCAGAAAGAAAGUGGAAAAGGUCGAAAACGUGUGACGGCGUUGCAACAGAGACGAGUGAAGAGGCAAAUUCGGGAAAUCCAAAUGAUGGGGUGUCGAGUGACGGUGGACUAUCUUUAGAUCGUAAAAGAACAGCCACACUCUGUAGAAGAAAAACAUUCCAUGGACAGAUAUCCACGGAAUCGAGGAACAUUGCCACGCCCCCUGGCCGGUUUCGCAGACCCCGACGUUCCAUUUCAGACGAAAGCAGCUUGUCAUCAACAACUUCUCUCAUGAUGCCCGCAGGAAAUCAGAACCUGUACCACGAAGCAGUGGCCAAACUCUCCCACGAUGAUCGGUGGUUGAAAGAAAUAACUCUGGGGACUCGAAUAGGAUUCUACAGAUUGUACAGAGAUGUUGGCAAGGGAAAUUUUUCGAAAGUGAAGAUGGCAGUUCAUUAUCUGACGAAAGAGAAGGUAGCAGUGAAAAUCAUCGACAAGGCGAAGUUACAGGCGAAGAACAAGCAAAUGCUGAGCAAGGAGGUGUCCGCCAUGGAAUCCAUCCGGCAUCCCCACAUCAUCCGGCUCUUCGAGGUCAUGGAGACGCCUUCGAAGUUGUUCUUGGCCAUGGAGUUCGCAGAGGGAGGAGAACUCUUUCACAGAAUAGCCACCGGGGGCCGAAUUCCCGAGCAAGAUGCGAAGACGAUAUUUGCGCAGCUGACAUCCGCUGUAGCUCAUAUGCAUAAGCAUAACAUCGUACAUCGGGACCUGAAAGCAGAAAACGUUUUCAUCACCGGGAAGAACGUCAAGAUCGGGGACUUUGGAUUCAGCACCCACAUACAAAAUCCGAAAGAAGUUUUACUGACAUUUUGCGGGUCGCCACCUUACGUGGCCCCAGAAAUCUUUCAAAACGAGAACUACGUGGGUCCAAGCGUCGAUCUCUGGUCCCUAGGCGUCCUGCUCUAUUUCAUAGUAACAGCUUCCUUGCCCUUCAAAGGAGACAACGUUUCCAUGGUGAAGAGAAAAAUCCUCAUUGGCGAGUUCCCUCUCCCGAAGUACGUGUCAAAAUGCUGCAGUGAUCUUAUCUGCGGCUUGCUGCAAUUGGAUCCCGCUAAGCGUCUGUCGACGAAUCAAAUCAAGAGCAGUGCCUGGCUCAAAGAUGCUUCGUAUCCGGCUGCCAAAAACGGGAAAAAUUCAUCUUGUGAGAAGGAGGUAAUGGGAGCUUUAGAUAAAAUGGGAAUUACGGCGGAAAUGUUGGAGAAAAGUUUGUGCAAAGGAGUGAGGAGCAACCUGGUAGGGACUUAUCGAAUUUUAUUGCACAAGUACGAGGGAAAACUCAAUGCCGAAGAGAAAACAAAAAAGCCGAAAAAGAUCGUUAUUUCUUGUCCUACUUUCAAAUCAAAAACUUGCAGUAUUGUUUAAAAGAUUAGUUAAUUGUGCCUAUCUAUUGUCAAUGCAAAUAACAUGUAAGGAAAUAGUUGUAAAUUAGAAUGUAAUUUUUGCAUUUCAUUUUGUAAAUACAUGACAUGUUUUGCUUCAAAUUUUAUACCGUGA